CCUCCGGCGUGGAGCGGAAAGCUUGGGGUGCUGGCGCCGAGUGUACGCUGGUAGCAGUUCCUUGGAUGAGUCAAGAGUUUCUAUUGCCUCAGCAAGGGGCGUCCCUACGAGGACUGUUAGCGAGCUUCGCUUUCCCCUGAUCAUCUGAUUCCUGGUGCGCCAGAAAGACCUCCUGAGUCUCGGUUCCGAGAGCUCACACGCCCUCCCAGCUGGCCCAUUAGUAUUCAUGUAGACCUCAGACUCUCGGGAAGAAGGGAUCGAACGGCGGUGAGUCUGGUCAGCCCUAUGUGUAACUGACGGGGGCAAUACAAAGAGCUGUGGACUCUUCUAAUGUGGUCGGGGCUGGAAGAUCAUUUGCUCCCAUCCCUGUUUGGCAGUGCCCCUUCAGCCGCUCCCAGCACAGUCCCUGCGAAUGGAGAAGUUCAGAUCAAAGGACUGCGAGCUAUCAGAUUUGCUCUCCAGUCUUCAGCAACCGAUGGAGGCCCCGCUGCAAACCGGAAUGGUGUUGGGCGUGAUGAUCGGGGCUGGCGUGGCGGUGCUGGUCACAGCUGUGCUCAUCCUCCUAGUGGUGCGGAGGUUACGAGUGCAGAAAACCCCAGCCCCGGAGGCCCCCAGGUAUCGUUUCCGGAAGCGGGACAAAGUGCUUUUCUAUGGCCGGAAGAUUAUGCGGAAGGUGUCACAAUCCACUUCUUCCCUGGUGGACACCUCAGUCUCUACCACUUCCAGGCCACGCAUGAAGAAGAAACUCAAGAUGCUUAACAUCGCCAAGAAGAUCUUACGCAUCCAGAAGGAGACCCCAACACUACAGCGGAAAGAGCCCCCACCCUCAGUGCUGGAGGCUGACCUGACAGAGGGGGACUUGGCCAACUCCCACCUACCCUCAGAGGUGCUAUACAUGCUGAAAAAUGUCCGGGUGCUGGGUCACUUUGAAAAGCCACUCUUCCUGGAACUGUGUCGGCACAUGGUCUUCCAGCGUCUCAGCCAGGGCGACUAUGUAUUCCGGCCUGGUCAGCCAGAUGCCAGCAUCUAUGUGGUACAGGAUGGACUGCUGGAACUCUGCCUGCCAGGGCCUGACGGGAAAGAGUGUGUUGUGAAGGAAGUGGUCCCAGGAGAUAGUGUCAACAGCCUGCUGAGCAUCCUUGAUGUCAUUACCGGUCACCAGCAUCCCCAGCGUACAGUGUCUGCCCGGGCGGCCCGUGACUCCACAGUGCUGCGACUUCCAGUUGAGGCUUUCUCUGCUGUUUUCACCAAAUACCCGGAGAGCUUGGUGCGGGUGGUACAGAUUAUUAUGGUGAGACUGCAGCGAGUCACCUUCUUGGCUCUUCACAACUACUUGGGUCUGACCAAUGAACUCUUCAGUCAUGAGAUUCAGCCCCUGCGCCUCUUCCCCAGUCCAGGCCUCCCAGCCCGCACCAGCCCUGUACGUGGCUCCAAGCGGGUUGUCAACACCUUGGCCACAGAGGAGCCCAGGGAGACCCCUGGCCGGCCGCCUGACCCCACUGGAGCCCCAUUGCCUGGACCUUCAGGGGACCCAGUGAAGCCCACAUCCUUGGAAGCCCCUCCCGUGCCUCUACUGAGUCGUUGUAUCUCCAUGCCAGUGGACAUCUCAGGUUUGCAAGGUGGCCCCCGCUCUGACUUUGACAUGGCAUAUGAACGUGGCCGUAUCUCUAUGUCCCUGCAAGAAGAGGCUUCUGGAGGACCUCAGGCAGUCACUGCUCGGGAGCUCCGGGAGCAACCAGCAGGUGCCUGUGAAUACAGCUACUGUGAGGAUGAGUCAGCCUCGGGUGGCUGUCCCUUUGGGCCCUACCAGGGCCGCCAGACAAGCAGUAUCUUUGAAGCAGCAAAACGGGAGCUGGCCAAGCUGAUGCGGAUUGAGGACCCCUCUCUUCUGAACAGCCGAGUCUUGCUGCAUCACGCCAAAGCUGGCACAAUCAUUGCCCGACAGGGAGACCAGCCCCUGUCCUCCUCACAGGAUGUGAGUCUACACUUCGUGCUCUGGGGCUGCCUGCAUGUAUACCAGCGCAUGAUUGACAAAGCAGAGGAAGUGUGCCUGUUUGUGGCCCAGCCAGGGGAGCUGGUGGGGCAGUUGGCGGUGCUCACAGGGGAACCCCUCAUCUUUACACUGCGUGCUCAGCGGGACUGCACCUUCCUACGAAUCUCCAAGUCUGACUUCUAUGAGAUCAUGCGUGCACAACCCAGUGUGGUGCUAAGUGCAGCACACACAGUGGCUGCAAGGAUGUCCCCCUUUGUGCGCCAGAUGGACUUUGCUAUUGAUUGGACAGCAGUGGAGGCUGGUCGUGCACUCUACAGGCAGGGUGACCGCUCAGAUUGCACCUACAUUGUGCUCAACGGGCGACUGCGUAGUGUCAUCCAACGUGGCAGUGGCAAGAAGGAGCUAGUGGGGGAGUAUGGUCGUGGGGACCUCAUCGGUGUGGUGGAGGCACUGACUCGGCAGCCACGAGCCACAACAGUGCAUGCUGUGCGAGACACAGAGCUGGCUAAGCUUCCAGAAGGCACUUUGGGCCACAUCAAACGUCGCUACCCACAGGUCGUGACUCGCCUUAUCCACCUGCUUAGCCAAAAAAUUCUUGGGAAUUUGCAGCAGCUACAAGGACCUUUUCCAGCAGGGUCCGGGCUUGGUGUUCCCCCACCUUCGGAACUCACCAACCCAGCCAGCAACCUGUCCACUGUGGCUAUCCUCCCUGUAUGUGCUGAAGUCCCCAUGAUGGCUUUCACCUUGGAGCUACAGCAUGCUCUACAAGCCAUUGGUCCCACACUUCUCCUCAACAGUGACAUUAUCCGGGCACGCCUAGGGGCCUCUGCAUUGGAUAGCAUCCAGGAGUUCCGGCUAUCAGGGUGGCUGGCCCAGCAGGAAGAUGCGCAUCGCAUUGUGCUGUACCAAACAGACACAUCGCUGACGCCUUGGACUGUGCGCUGCCUGCGCCAGGCUGACUGCAUCCUCAUUGUGGGCCUGGGUGAUCAGGAACCCACUCUUGGCCAGUUGGAGCAGAUGCUAGAGAACACGGCUGUACGUGCCCUCAAGCAGCUUGUCCUUCUGCACCGGGAGGAAGGCCCGGGCCCCACUCGCACUGUGGAGUGGCUCAACAUGCGCAGCUGGUGCUCAGGGCACCUGCAUCUGCGCUGUCCACGCCGUCUCUUCUCACGCCGCAGCCAGGCUAAGCUGCAUGAACUCUAUGAGAAGGUUUUCUCCAGGUGUGCAGACCGGCACAGCGACUUCUCCCGCUUGGCUCGUGUGCUCACUGGAAACACUAUUGCCCUGGUGCUUGGUGGGGGAGGGGCCAGGGGCUGCUCACAUAUUGGGGUGCUGAAGGCAUUAGAGGAGGCAGGGGUGCCAGUUGACCUUGUAGGUGGUACAUCUAUAGGCUCCUUCAUUGGGGCCCUGUAUGCAGAGGAACGCAGUGCCAGCCGCACGAAACAGCGGGCCCGGGAAUGGGCCAAGAGCAUGACUUCAGUCCUGGAACCUGUGUUGGAUCUCACAUACCCAGUUACUUCCAUGUUCACGGGCUCAGCCUUUAACCGCAGCAUCCACCGUGUCUUCCAGGAUAAGCAGAUAGAGGACCUGUGGCUACCUUACUUCAACGUGACCACAGACAUCACCGCCUCAGCUAUGCGUGUCCACAAAGAUGGCUCUCUGUGGCGGUAUGUGCGUGCCAGCAUGACGCUCUCGGGCUACCUGCCCCCGCUGUGCGACCCGAAGGAUGGCCACCUGCUCAUGGAUGGAGGCUACAUCAACAACCUGCCAGCGGACAUCGCCCGCAGCAUGGGUGCCAAAACAGUCAUUGCCAUUGAUGUGGGGAGCCAGGAUGAGACAGACCUCAGCACCUAUGGGGACAGCCUGUCUGGCUGGUGGCUGCUGUGGAAACGGCUGAACCCCUGGGCGGACAAGGUGAAGGUUCCAGACAUGGCUGAGAUCCAAUCCCGCCUGGCUUAUGUGUCCUGUGUACGGCAACUGGAGGUAGUCAAGUCCAGCUCCUAUUGCGAGUAUCUGCGACCACCCAUCGACUGCUUCAAGACCAUGGACUUUGGAAAAUUUGACCAGAUCUAUGAUGUAGGAUACCAGUAUGGGAAGGCUGUGUUUGGAGGCUGGACCCGGGGUGAUGUCAUUGAGAAAAUGCUUACCGAUAGGCGGUCUACAGAUCUCAAUGAGAGCCGCCGAGCAGAUGUACUCGCCUUUCCCAGCUCUGGCUUCACUGACCUGGCGGAGAUUGUCUCCCGGAUUGAGCCCCCCACAAGCUAUGUCUCUGAUGGCUGUGCUGAUGGGGAGGAAUCAGAUUGCCUGACUGAAUAUGAAGAAGAUGCAGGACCUGACUGCUCAAGGGACGAAGGAGGCUCCCCUGAAGGUGCCAACCCUAGCACUGCCUCAGAAGUGGAGGAAGAGAAGUCAACAGUCCGACAUCGACACUUUGUGCCCCAGGAGGCCCCCAGCUCAGUGGCAGAUGUCUGAGGACCUCAUCAGGGACUCCCUGUCCCUGGACCAGGUUGUGGGUGAGCCUGCAAGGGAACCCACUCCUGUCUUCUUGCUGCUAUGACUGUCCCAUUCUCUGGGUCUCCCCCUACUCUGGGCCCGGGGCCUACACACUGGACUUCCCUGGCCUGAGGGAAGGUUAGCAUUGCACUGAUAACCUUUGACUAUGUCACUUCACCCCCAAUAAACUGUCACCUUUUGGAAGCA